AUGCUUUCUGGCAGCAGUAAAUCAAGCUCUCGGACAGUACAUCUUCAAGCCCCUGGACUGUAUCCCGCUGUUGCAAGUGCACCAGUUGCAUUUGUUGAAGACUUGAUGUUAAUCGAGCACGGUACAUUCUCGCUUCAGCAAGGCGCUACUAAAAUAACAAUUGCAGCGCACUUAAUUCUUUCGUAUUAA